UCAUUGGCGUAUUAGUUGCGGCAGGCGAAUCAGGCUGGCGUAUUACGUGACAAGGAAGUUAAGGAUACACGCUCCUUGCCAGCGAAGGGUAUUGCUGCCAAGGUUGGACUGAACGUGGCGUAGCUAUAUAAAAUCGAAAAAUACCGCAGCCUGCUCUCUAACGACCUCCAGACCAGGUUUCUCUCGUUAAAGCACUGAUAAGAGCACUCACAGCGUUCAAAUAGUUACGAAGACAUGCACACUGAUCGAUCUUUCCCGGACUGUGUGAAAAAAAAAUCUAAAAACAAAAAGAGGAGAAACGCAGAAUCGUUGGAAGUGUCUCGCAUUGGAAGUGUCUCGAAUGCAGAAGCGAAAUGGAUACACACCGAGACCCCCUUUCCUCCGUCACCGUCCUCAUUGCGUCCCAUUGGUUCACGAGAAGAAGGGCUAAGCUGCAACGAAGGCAUCAUUCCGCGCCUGAUUCCAGCGGACGACGACGUAACUUGCGGAUAUGUGGACGAGUUUGAAUUUCGGCCUGUUCUUGCUUCUGCCAGCCACUUUGCUCGGCACUUGCAAGGCCCACCUCAAAUCCGGCUGCAAGAUCGAGACGCUGCGCAACUGCGGUGAAGACUACGUUCCCUACCUGAAGACUCAGCGCAUGUCCGAUACACCCCAGCAGCUGGCCAAAGAAUGCGCGAAGUACAAGCGGCAAAUAGCGUGCGCUCUUCACUUUCACCACGACUGCACUCGGGGCCGCAGCCAGGCCGCGGCGCUCGCAACUAUAGCAGCACUGGGAGAAAAUAUGGAAGCUGUUUGCACCCCGGGUUCGGGACCGAACAAAGAUUACCUGAGAGGCGUCAAAUGUAUGAACUAUGUCGGUGACAAGCUCCACACCUGUUUCGCCAAUUUGAAAAGCGCUGUGCAGCGGGCAGUGUUCAAGGCUCCCGCCAAGGAAGCACUCCACUACACCUGCUGUGCGUAUCACGACGUCACAGAAUGCAUCAGCCAAACUCUGGCGCCCUGCCAUCGCGUCGGUGCCACGGAGUUCCUGGUGGGCAUCAUGGAGCGGGUGGUGGGCACAGCACUGCGACCAGCCUGCGCCACGCACACGAAAGGUUCUGACGCCUGCAAAGCCCUGAAGCCGCUGGCGCAGCUGGGUGCCAAGGACUUCGUCGUUGACAGCCUCAUCGAGCUCCUGGCUGAAGCCGGGUCCACGAUAGGCAGGAGACCCUAGACUCUGUGGUUCCGUUUUGUGUGUUUUAGCUCUUGUUUCCCAGUGGUGUAUAGCGUAUGUCACUUACGCCUUCAUUCUUAACUAGGCAAAAAGUUCUGCAACCUACAAACUGGGUGAAUGACAGUGGGACAUUCGCGUGGAGCACUCUCUAAAAUAGGUUGCGUGGCAACAUUGUCAACCAGUGCAACCGGUAGACAAAGGCAAAAGCAAACAGUCCAGAAUCCUAGUUUCGUGCGUCUGUUCAACGCAAGAUUGCCAUAAUUUGUUAGCGUUUGUGUGUGAUGCCCAUCUCCUUGAAUGCCCAUUUCUUCCUUUUUCAUAACAAGUACGUGACAAGAUAAGAAAAAUAUAACUGACCUACUGCAGCAAAGUGUAAGGCUCAAGCAUAACGUGGGCGUGUAGGUGAAACUGGCGCUGCCGUAAUAAAGGAAAUCUUCGUAUAAAAACACGCAAAUUAGAAAGACUAGACGAAGAUAAAUUCACUAGGAAAUAGUCAAAAGCUCAGCUUGAUGUAGAGUUCUCGGUCCUUCUAUUCUUUACGCCUGGGGCCGAGAUAAAGGGAGAA